UAAAGUUAGUAGCAGGCGGUGUGGUGGUAGUAGCUCGCUACGUCGAGCUCGAUCUUUUUAUUUAUUUAAAUAAUCGCAUGUUUACUUAAUUGAAUCAAAAAGUAUAAUUUGUUAAUCGAUUAUGUCGCUUGUUUAUACCGUUAUGCAGAUUGUCGCAUGUGUUGCGCAUUCUACUUAGUUUAUACAAAAUAAGAGCACGGUUAUUUACAUACACGUGCGCAUAUGUCGACUCUUUACUUUGUAUAUUACACAUUUGUGUUGCUUUAUAUGGCAUUUUAAGAAUGGAUUCGCAUAAAACUCAAUGCACCUGUAGCGCUCAUCACGCGACACCAAGCGUUCAUCAAACCCUGGAUGAGAUGGCUUUUGAAAGAGGUAUUUGGUCAGCUGCGAUGGAUGGCGAUCUUGAGAGAGUCAAAUCGUUUCUUAAAAAAGGGAUUGAUCCAAAUAUAAGGGACCAGGCAAACUACACCGCUUUGCACUAUGCCGGUCGAGCAGGUCACCUGUCAGUGUGCGAGUUACUUCUGGACCAUGGAGCUUGUUUUAACGUCCAGACUCGUGGCGGAGCGACCCCUCUUCAUAGGUCAGCCUACUGUGGUCAUCUCAAAGUGGUGAAACUACUGUUAGACCGUGGUGCUGAUCCACACCUGACUGAUGAUGAUGGAGCCACACCACUUCAUAAGGCUGCUGAGCAGAAGCAUCUUGAGGUUUGCCAGCUGUUGGUGAAGCUUUUUCCAACCUUACAAGGUGUGAAGGAUAAAAGAUCACAGUUACCUUAUGAUCUCUGUCUGGAGCACGACACAUUUUGGGAGUUUUUGAGACCACCGCAAUGACUUGAUGUAACCUACAGUCUGUGAUGUUGUGCCUGUCGGUUCCUCAAAAAGGAAUCAAGAACCUUAUAAAGGUUGUGAAUUUGAAAGGAGGUUUUUAAUGAUCACCUAGAGAAAUUCUAGGAUCAGAUCAGCAAAAGGGCUUGAAGAGAUGGCACAUUUAGAAAGAUGGCGAACGCUUUUAAUGACUUCUAUAUGGAGUGACUGAAAGAACAAGAUACGUAGAUACGAAACAAAAGAAUGACGGUACUAAACAAUUUUAUAGACAAACACAUAUUUUCUAUGAAUGGCAAGUAGCCGUGUAUUCUGAUAAAAUUGAAUAAAGGAGGUGCAAUUGAA